CACCUCUUCUCUCGGGAGGGCUGUCGUUGGGGCCGUUGAGGCAGCGGCGGCGUUGCGUCCAGAACUCCUGAUGGAGGCGGCCCGGAAUCCCCGGCCGGGGGUCUGUUGCAAGCCCGGCGGGCGGCUGGACAUGAACCACGGCUUCGUGCACCACAUCCGACGGAACCAGAUCGCUCGGGACGACUACGAUAAGAAGGUGAAGCAGGCGGCCAAGGAGAAGCCCAGGAGGCGGCACACGCCAGCGCCCGCCCGGCCCUGCAAGCCCGACCUGCAGGUGUACCUGCCGCGCCGCCGAGAUGGUUCUUCAGCCCCAGUCAACCCAGACUGUGAGGAGUCCGGUGAAAGCAGCAGUAGUGCUGGCUCUGAGCUGGAGCCAUCGGGCCGUCAGCUCUUCUGCUUAGAAUACGAGGCGGACAGUGGAGAGGUCACGUCAGUUAUCGUGUAUCAGGACGAUGACCCAGGAAGGGUGAGUGAGGAGGUGUCAGCACACACGCCUCUGGAUGCACCCAUGCGAGAGGCCCUCAAGUUGCGCAUCCAGGAGGAAAUAACAAAGCGCCAGAGCCAACGCUGAUCAGGCGGAAGGUGUGCUUUCCAGGCUGGAAUUACUGCACCUGGAAGAAUUCUGUGAGGGAGCUCACUUCUAGUUUGGGGGUGCCAGGGCCAGUCUUGUCUGAUCUUGAGCUUCCACCCCUGCUGCAAAUAUGACGGUGUCGUACAACUACACCUGGUCCACCUCCCUUGCUGUAGUUUUUUCUUAUAUGUUGACACAUUUGCCUGGUCUAACACCUUGGAAUUGUUUGA